AUAUGAUAAUGAUAAAAAUAAAAUUGUCUCAUCGCAUACGAAACGCAAUUUUUAUGUGUGCCUGGUAGCAAAUAUUAUAAUUUAGUAUUUAUUCGCAAUUGUUACAUAAUGAGUAAUCUGAGAAGAAAUGUUCUGCAGUGUUUUAAAAAACUCCAUAGAACUAGGCUCAUCGUGUUUCAUGGAGAUCAAAUGGCAUUAACAGCUGGUAGGUUAAAAAUUAAUGAAGAAUUUAAGAAAAACAAAGGAGUUGACAAUGAAGAGGCAAUAAAGGCUAUGAUUGCCUUUGGAGAAGAUGUAGAAAGAGAAUUAAGGACACAAGUAAUACAAGCAAAAGAGAUUAAACCUGGAGUCUUUGAGGCCAGAAUAACUCAAGACACAUUAAAAUUAGAAAAUAUACCAUAUGAUGACAAUGCAAUCAUAGAAAAAGGCACAGGAACACCUUGUUGUCAGAGUCGCCCAAAAUAAUUAUGUUAUUAGUAGAUGUUUAGAUUAGUGGAAUAAGAAUAAAAUGAUGUACCUGAAAAUGUA